GGAGUCCGGGGCGCACGGAGCGGCGCGUGCCGGUCGGCGGAGCCAGGCUGGCGCCCCGGUCUCCCGCCCCGCUCCUCCAUCCGCCACCGGUCCGCCGCCUUCCCCUGUCCACUUGCUUUCGCUUCCCGGCCCUGCGGCCGCACUCCCUCCCUCCCCUCCGUCCCGCCCCGUCCAGCUCGGCUCCUGCAGGCCCUCUCGCUGCCCGCGUUCCUAUGGACAGACGCACAGACACCUGCAGGAAAGACACUGCUGAUCCUGUAACAUGGAGGAUUGCCUUCAUACCUCAUCUGAGAAUCUAUCCAAAUUGGUCAGCUGGGCCCACAGCCAUGGGACCAUUUGCAGCCUCAUUCCAAACCUGAAACAUUUGCUUUCAGAAGGUUCCCAUGGGAACCUGACAGCAAUGUGGGGCUGCAGUGCCGGCCAUGCUUAUCACUGGCCACUGACAGCUACUUGCAGAGCUGGCUCCCAAGAAAGGGUCUGUUUCCAGGAUAACAGAAGUUUUAACUCUGAUAGUCCCAGUAUAAUUGGAGUGCCCUCUGAGACACAAACUAGCCCUGUUGAAAGGUACCCUGGGAGACCAGUGAAAACGAAGCUAGACUGUAAUCGGACCAGAGACUCUUGUGACUUCUCUUAUUGCAGUGAACCAUCUGAGCUGGAUGAAGCUGUUGAAGAAUAUGAAGAUGAAAAUACCCUGUUUGACAUGGUUUGUGAAUCUUCUGUUACAGAUGAGGAUAGUGACUUUGAGCCCCAAACCCAGAGGCCCCAAAGCAUUGCUCGAAAAAGGCCUGGAAUAGUCCCAUCUUCUCUCCAUUCAAGCUCCCAGUCUCAGAUGAUUGACGAAUGCAGCAAUGAUGUCAUCAUUAAGAAAAUCAAACAAGAGAUUCCCGAAGAUUAUUAUAUUGUGGCAAAUGCAGAGCUGACCGGAGGGGUAGAUGGACCAGCCCUGUCGUUGACACAGAUGGCAAAACCCAAGCCUCAGACUCAUGCAGGUCCCUCCUGUAUAGGCUCUGCUAAGCUGAUUCCCCAUGUAACAUCUGUCAUCAGCACAGAGCUGGACCCGCAUGGUGUGUCCCCCUGUGUGAUGUCCAGACCAGUCGUCCAGAAGACUGCCAGGGUAUCUCUGGCUUCACCUAACAGAGGACCCACUGGUGCCCAUGGCACCAGCCAGCAGGUGGCCAUGCAGUUGCCUGUGAGCACAUCCCAUCCUAACAAACAGAUCAGCAUUCCUUUGUCUGCCCUGCAGCUACCUGGACAGGAUGAGCAAGUUGCUUCUGAAGAGUUCCUGUCCCAUCUGCCCAGCCAGGUCUCCUCCUGUGAGGUAGCCCUUUCUCCCUCAGUUAACACAGAGCCAGAAGUGAGCUCCAGUCAGCAGCAGCCCCCAGUCGCUCCAACCAUAACCACUGAGGCCACAGCACAGUGCAUACCAGACCAGGAUGAAAGAGCAGCUGAGCUCAGCAGGGAGCAGAAUGAGAAAACCAUCCGGAGCACGCAGACCGCGCUCCGCAAUUUCCCCUAUUCUACUAAGCUCAACAAAUUUCCUGUGUUUAAUAUGAAUGAUGACUUGAAUGAUCUGUGUACCAGUGCAGUAAGCCCAAAUACUACUAAAGCCACUAGGUAUGCCCUGAAUGUGUGGCGAUAUUGGUGCAUGACCAAUGGGCUCAAAGAUCACACAGACAUCACCAAGAUCCCGGCAGUGAAGUUGAACGAGCUGCUUGAGAACUUUUAUGUCACCGUUAAGAAGAGUGACGGCUCAGACUUCCUGGCCACAUCGCUCCACGCCAUCCGCAGAGGCCUGGACCGUAUCCUGAAGAAUGCAGGUGUGGGCUUUUCCAUCACCAGCAGCACCUUCAGCUCUUCCACCAAGAAACUUAAGGAGAAGCUGUGGGUGCUGAGUAAGGCAGGGAUGUCAGGGGCCCGUUCUCGCAAUAUCGUCUACUUCUCCCUUUCAGACGAGGAGGAGAUGUGGCAGGCAGGGUGUCUGGGGGAUGACAGUCCUAUCACUCUGCUGUCCACUGUGGUUAAGUACAACAGCCAGUACCUGAAUAUGCGGACGCUGCAGGAGCAUGCAGAUUUGAUGUAUGGUGACAUCGAGCUGCUCAAAGACCCACAAAACCAGCCCUAUUUUGCCCGGACAGACAAUGUCAAGAGGGAGAGUCGGAGUGGCUCCACCAGAGUGUGUCAUGGGAAGAUCUACCACGAGCACUCCAGGGGACACAAACAGUGCCCGUACUGCCUCCUCUACAAGUACAUGUACAUCCACCGGCCACCCACCCAAAUGGAGGCCAAGUCCCCUUUCUACCUUACAGCCAGGAAGGAGGCCACGGACAUGGGCAGCGUGUGGUAUGAGGAGCAGAGGAUGGGACUGCGGUCCCUUCGGGGGAUUGUCCCCAACUUAGCCAAGAAGGUCAAGCUGGACAACUGUGAGAACUUCACCUUCGUCUCAUUUACUCAGGUGUCCAGGAGGCUUGGCUCCCACAGCUGCUGCCAGUGAGUCUUCCCUGGGUCCCGGCCGCUGCCCUGCUCACCCUCACAGGAGGAGCUCCCUCCACAGCCAAGGCCCAAGCUCAGAGGUGGCGGGGAUGACCGUGACUUCAUGGUCAGGCUGGCCCCUGUCAGUGUGACCUGCUAUUCCUUUGACUUUGGGUUUGUUUUUUAACUGAAAGUAGAGGAGUCUGAAUAUUUAGGAUGUUCUAUCCAAAUUUGUGUCACCUUUGCUAAAUUAUAGAAUCUAAUACAAUGUAUACAUUGCUACAUACACAAGAGUGAAGUUCAUUUUAUCUAGUGCCUUUUUAGCACAGAUUUUCUCAAAAAAAAAAAGGAAAAAAAAAACUGUUUAAAGUAGUCAUUAAAAAAAAAAAUCCCAGUAGCCUAGUAGCUUUAGAAUGUUAUGAAGACUAUAAACGCUUUGUGGAAUUACACUUACAGUAAGAAACUAGGAUGAGAGAGGCAGACAUGUUAAUUGUUUCCAGGAGAAAAAUUGCACUUGGCACUCCUCUUUCUGUUUUGUUGAUGGAUAACUUGGUCCUGCAAAUCAGGCAGCCUUGCCUGAUGGAAGGUCCUGGAGCUACACUCAGUCAUGCUGGUAGGAAGGCGGGGGCUGCUCCUACGGCUCUCAGCACUGGGAGGAACUUAAUCUCUGCAUCAGUGGAGACAGUUUUAUGAAAGAAGAUUAAUGCACCAAACGGUGUUUGUGAGAAAAGGUUUCCAGUGAACUGGAUGGCUUGUACCAUGGGGGAAUUUCCAGUAGUGAAAGAAAGCGGCUUGGAAAAGCAGCCUGUGAUCAAAAUGUAAAAACCUCCCGAAGCAGAAGUGCCUACGUUUUCUUUCUCAGUGUCACGUGAAAGCUGUUUUCAUUUGAACAUUUUUUAGAAUUUUUUAAAUCUGUUCUUUGUGUCAUACAGUUAUUCCAUCAGUAUAUAACACUGGAUCUGUAAAACAACUGAAGGUAAUUUUCAGGCUUCACCAGGAAAAUUCAACAAAACAAGCUGCAAAGCAAACAUCUCAAAAUGUAUUUAUUAAAGAGUUUUGAAAUGUUUAUGUCAAAGUACGACUUUUUCAGCCACAAGAGAUAUCAUCACUUUAGGUUGGCACCAAUGCUUGGGACACAGUGAUGUGGGCAACCUACCAGGUAAGCAAACCCAGCAUUAAGGACAUGGUUGUAAAAACUCAGAGUAUGGUGAUAGGUUCUUAAUGCAGUUUAGAAAUCAUUUCACGCAGGUGAGAGUCAGCCUGACCCCAUGUUAUUGACACAUUAACAGAAUCUUCUAUUAACUACUCUCAAUGAUAAGUGAAAAAAGGAGCCCAAAGAAUGCUAAUUAAUAAUAAUAAUUUCUAGGGAUCUUUAUUUUGUAUUUGAGGAAAGACUGUUACAACUUUGUACCAUUUUGUUCCUGUGUAUGCCUUCUAAUCCACAAUUAAAAUCCCAAUAGACAUUCA